AUGACCGGCACCAGUCAGACCGUGGAUGAUGUUGCCACCCUGUCUGGGGAGCGCAGGGAGGUUAUCAGAAGAGCUCUCAACAAGAAAAUUCUUGUGCCAUAUAUCCUAGAACUGAUGCCUGCAUGGCCUAGCGAAUUCCAGCCAAACAUUGAUGAGAUCAAUGUCAAAAUUGAUGAAUGGCUGAAAACUGUGAAUGUUUCAAAAGAGAAAAAAAUAAAACACAGAGCUCAAGGAAAUUAUACCUUGUUAGCAGGCAUUUACUAUCCACACUGUAGAAAAGAAAAGAUGUUGGCUCUCUCUCAAUUUCUGUACUGGAUAUUCUUUUGGGACGACGAAAUUGAUACCGGUGGAGAGCUCACCGAAGAUAGAGAAGGCACGAUACUGUGCUGUGCCGAGACUAAUAAGUGCAUUGACGAUUGUCUCGGCCCCGAACCCAACUAUACACCUCCUCCUGGCUCCCGAGGCACCGUGGAGAUGCUCUAUCCCAUUCUGAGAGACCUCCGGGCUGGUCUUAGUCCUGUUUCCACUAUGCGGUUGAAACAAGAGCUCCACGACUACGUCAAUGGGGUAAGAAACCAGCAAAAGGUUCGCCAAGAGGAUCACCUUCCAAAUCCUUGGGACCAUUUCCAAAUGCGUGUCGAUGAUGUUGGAGUCAUCCCAAGUAUUACUCAGAACGAAUAUGCCAUGGAGUUUACGCUUCCAGAUUGGAUUCGCAGGCAUGAAGCUAUGGAAGAGAUUGUCCUGCAAUGCACUAAGCUGACAAUUCUAUUGAAUGAGAUCUUGUCUCUGCAAAAAGAAUUUCGAGUUUCUCAACUAGAAAAUCUUUGCCUGCUGUUCAUGAACACUUAUGAUAUGUCUAUUGAACAAUCCAUUCACAAAGUACUUGGUCUUCUGAAAGAUCACUACAAGAUCUGUAUUGAGGCUGAAGCCAGAUUGCCUUGGAGCACCACUGAUGAGAAGCUUAACAAUAAUAUUCGUGAGUAUAUCCGUGGCUGCCAAAGACUGGCAACGGGUACCGCUUGCUGGAGCUACAACUGCGAAAGAUAUUUCAAAUUGAGCCAGCUGAAUGAUCAACAAGAGCUACUGUUGGAUUUAUCGCGUACAUGAAA